AUGACCUCUCUAGGUGCCAAAUUCAGGUUUGUCGUCACUGCGGGUGUGGGAUUCUUCGCAGAUGGCUAUCUGAACCUCACAAUUGGACUUGUGGUACCGAUCCUUGGAUAUCUAUACUUCCAGGAUGGCAAAGUACCGUCAGUCCAGAGCGACAUUAUCAAGGGCGGUCUAAGCCUAGGGAUGGUAGUAGGCCAGCUCUUGUUCGGAGUCCUAAGUGAUGUAUUGGGUCGUCACACGAUAUAUGGAAAAGAGCUACUGCUCACCAUAUUCGGAACUCUGAUGGUCAUUCUAUUACCGUGGAAAGGCAUGACAUCCCAGUCCGUCACGACUUGGGUUGCCGUGUUUCGUGUUCUGACCGGAGUUGGAAUUGGAGCGGAUUAUCCUCUCUCUUCGUCUCUGUCAGCAGAAAAAUCACCAUUUGGCUCCCGAGCCGUACAGGUAUUGACGGUGUUCUCAAACAUUGGUCUAGGAAACAUCGCAGCGAGCAUUGUAUUCCUUGUGCUUCUCAAAGCAUUCAAAGGGGCUAUAUUCAAUGACUUGAAUCAUCUCGAAUGGGUGUGGCGACUACUGCUGGGAAUUGGAAUCAUCCCCGCGCUUUUCACUCUUUACGCUCGCUUGACAAUUUCAGAAACUGUCCCCUACAAGCAAUAUGUCUGUGAUGACGCUGCUGGACAGAAGCGUGGAUUUAAAGAGCAGUGGAAUGACUUUCGAGAUUACUUCCGUGAGGUCCGCCACGCAAAAGUCCUUUUUGCAACGGCAGCUUCUUGGUUCUUGUUUGAUAUCGCAUACUACGGCAUAAAUCUUAACCAAAGCAUCAUCCUUGCCAGGAUCGGCUACGCCAAGGGUUCAACACCCUGGCAGACACUUUACAACACCGCUGUGGGAAACAUUAUUGUCCAAGCUGCAGGAUAUCUCCCUGGCUUCUACGUCGGCAUCUUUCUCCCUGAUCGCAUCGGUAGAGUUCGUCAACAACUUUACACCUGUCUGAUGGUGUGCAUUUUGUAUGCCAUCUGGGCAGGGAUUAGCACACAAAGCGCACAUACCUCAACCGCAGGUCUAAUGGUCAUAUUCGCACUGUCGCAAUUUUUGAUGACCGUUGGACCUAACUGCACCACUUUUCUAAUCCCUGCUGAGGUCUUUCCAACCCGUGUUCGAGGCACAGCGCAUGGAAUAUCUGCCGCUGCCGGGAAAUGCGGUGCAAUUCUCACUGCAUUUGCCUUUGGAACUGUUGAAGAUGCGAUUGGCAUGGCAGGUGUUCUUGGUUUAUUCUCCGGUGUCAUGCUUCUCACUGCUCUUGUCACACUCAUGAUACCAGAGAGCAAGGACCGUACUCUUGAGGGUAUUGAAAGGGGUGCGCUUUAUGGUAAAACAGUAACCGUUGCGGAGCCAUCAUCGCCUUCUGGGAGCGUUGUAUAUGUCAAGGACAAUGGUUCGAAAGUUUAG